AUGAGGAGCCUUGUCCCCCUGACCUUCUUUCUGGCAUCAAUGCCCUCUCUCAGUGUGGCAGAAGACAGAUUUUACUACAUAGGCAUUAGAGAAACUACUUGGGACUACGCGCCUACCGGGAGAAAUAUGCUCAAUGGAAAGGUUUUUUCAGAAGAUGAGGAGUUCCAAUCCAAAAUAUUUCUUCAAAGAGGUCCAGACAGGAUAGGAUCUGUGUAUAAAAAGGCAUUAUAUUACCAGUACACGAAUAAGACGUUUCAAAGCAUCAUUGAAAAGCCAUCCUGGUUGGGAUAUUUAGGUCCAAUCAUAAGAGGAGAGACUGGAGACUACAUUUAUGUGCAUGUAAAAAAUUUUGCUUCCAGAGCAUACAGUUUUCAUCCUCACGGACUCACCUACAGUAAAAGCAACGAAGGUGCUGUCUACCCGGAUAACAGCACGGCGGCACAGAGGGAUGAUGACUACGUGAUGCCUGGGGAGGAGUACAUCUACAAGUGGUAUGUGGACGAGAAUCAGGGGCCUGGCCCCAGUGACGGCGACUGCGUGGUCAGGAUGUACCACUCCCACCUAAACACUGUCAGAGAUGUGGCUUCGGGCCUGAUCGGACUGGUUCUGACUUGUAAAGGAGGGAUCCUGACAGGAGGCAUAGAAAUUUAUAUCGACAAGUCUUAUGCUAUGAUGUUUUCUAUCACUGAUGAAAACAAUAGCUGGUAUAUUGAUGACAACAUUAAGACAUACACUGAACCUGGCAAGGUGAAUGCUAGUGAUCCGGACUUUCAGGCGAGCAAUAAAAUGGCUGCAAUAAAUGGAUACAUGUAUGGAAACCUGCCUAUUCUCACCAUGUGCGUGAAUGACAGCGUCCACUGGUAUUUCAUCGGCAUCGGUAACAUCGUGGACGUGCACCCCGUUUUCCUCCAGGGACAAACGCUGAUCUUCCGGAACCACAGAAAAGACAUCAUCACCAUACUUCCCGCUUCAAUGCACGAUGCUUCCAUGGUGGCCAAGGGUCCUGGGGAGUGGAUGCUGGGAUGUCACAUCCACGCAAGCAUGCAGGCUUUUUUUGAUGUAAGGAAUUGCCAAAAUACCUCCACAAACAUUACCCGCACAAAUGUGAAACAUUACUACAUUGCUGCAGAAGAUAUUCUAUGGAACUAUGCUCCAUCUGGGAUAAAUGUUUUCACUGGAAACAGAUUAACAGCACCUGGAAGUGAGUCCGAGAUCUAUUUCGAAAGGGGUGCUACCAGGAUUGGAGGGACUUACCGAAAAAUUGUUUACCGUGAAUAUACAAAUGCAUCCUUCACGGAGCAGAAGGCAAGAGAAGAGCAUUACGGAAUCCUUGGCCCUGUUCUCAAGGCAGAAGUAGGGCAGAGCCUCAAGGUCACGUUCUACAACAAUGCUUCCGUGCCGCUCAGCAUUCAGCCUCAAGGGCUGCGUUACAGCAAGAACAACGAGGGCGCAUUCUACAGAACACCUGGAGAAAGUGUCCCUCCACGGUCCUCACACGUAAAUCCUGGCACACAAUUUGUGUACACGUGGCAUGUUCCCAUAGAGGUGGGUCCCACCCCCACUGACCCUGACUGCUUGACCUGGUUAUACUACUCUUCCACAAACAAGAACAGAGAUACCAACAGCGGCCUUGUCGGGCCCCUUCUCGUGUGCAGAAAUGGGAGUCUUGGACCAGAUGGUAAACAGAAAGGAGUAGACAAAGAGUUCUACCUGCUGGCCACAAUAUUUGAUGAAAAUCACAGUCAUCUCUUAAAAGAAAAUAUCAAGACAUUUACCACAAAGCCUCAAAAGGUGGAUAAAGAAGAUCCAGCCUUCCAACAGUCCAACAAGAUGUACUCUCUAAAUGGAUACAUGUAUGGAAACCUGCCUGGACUGGAUAUGUGUGUGGGAGACAACGUUUCGUGGCAUGUUCUCAGUGUGGGAUCGGUGUCAGAUUUACACGGGAUAUAUUUUGCAGGAAAUACCUUCACUUCCUUAGGCUCAAGGAUGGACACUGUCAGCCUCCUGCCCUACAUGUCCCAGACGCUUGCUAUGACACCUGAUGCCAUAGCUACAACGGACAGAUUUCUUGGGACAAAAUACAAGAAAGUGGUGUACCGUGAGUAUGAGGAUAUAACAUUCACAAACCAAGCAAAGAGAAGUGAGGACCAAAAACACCUGGACAUACUAGGUCCAUUAAUAAUUGUACACCCUGGUUCUGCACUCCAGAUCGUAUUUAAAAACAAAGCCUCAAGACCGUACUCCAUUCAUUCUCAUGGAGUGACAACCAGCUACUCCACUGCUGUCCCCACACAGCCAGGAGAAAUUCAGACAUAUAUCUGGAAGAUUCCUGAAAGAAGCAGUCCUACCUCAAAGGACUUUGAGUGCAUACCUAUGGUUUAUCUCUCAACUGUGGACUACCUUAAGGAUUUGAACAGCGGUUUGAUAGGGACCUUGGUCAUAUGUCGCAAGGACAGCAACCCCAGCCUGCUUCACCGUGUUCUUCUCUUCAUGGUUUUUGAUGAGAACGUAUCCUGGUACUUCAAAGAGAAUAUCGAAACGUAUGCUUCAGACCCAGACAACAUUGAGAAGGAGAACGAUGUGUUUGAACUCAGCAACAAAAUGCACGCAAUUAAUGGAAGAAUGUUUGCAAACAAUCAAGGUUUUACAUUCCACGUUGGAGAUGAAGUGAAUUGGUAUUUGAUUGGCAUUGGAGGUGAAAUUGACCUGCACAUGGUUCAUUUUCAUGGCCACAGCUUUUUAUACACGGAUUCCGGACUGUACCACUCUGAUGUGAAGGACCUUCCUCCUGGGAUCCUUAGCACCGUGAAGAUGUUUCCAGUGGACGUUGGAACCUGGCUACUUCAUUGCCACGUGAACGGUCACAUCAUAGCCGGAAUGCAGACCGUUUACACCGUGGUUGAAAGGGAAGCAGAAGUGUCUCCUUGAUACGACUGUGGAGAACAGAGCGAACGCACCCGCAGAAGCGAAACUCCAUGGAAGAAGGCAUUGGGGUCAGUGCUAAAGGCUUUCAUGA